AUGGCUUCACUGCUUUUAGCUUUCAACACCCCAAAAGGCACUCUACCACCUCUCUCUAAAUGUCUCUUACCAAGAUACAACCUCAACAAACCUAAACCUCUCUUCCUUCUAAACGAACCCUUUUCACCAAAUUCUAAAACUAUCAAGAUCAAAGGCUCAUCUGUAUCAAGUACUUUAUCUCCACAGCUAGACGGAACCCUAGUUAAUCAAGAAGACGAGAGGCUUCUUAGUGAAAUUUGGAGGGAAAUUCAAGGUUGCAAUGACUGGGAAGGAUUACUGGACCCAAUGAAUUCACAUCUCCGAAAAGAAAUUAUUCGUUAUGGAGAAUUUGCACAAGCAUCCUACGAUUCUUUCGAUUUUGAUCCUCACUCUAAGUAUUGUGGCACAUGCAAAUACCAAGGAGCUCAUUUCUUUGAAAGGUUGGAUAUGCAAGGCCAUAGUAAUUAUCAAAUAACCAGGUACCUGUAUGCAACCUCAAAUAUUAACCUGCCAAAUUUCUUUCAAAAAUCUAAGCUAAGCAGUGUUUGGAGCACGCAUGCAAAUUGGAUGGGGUACGUUGCUGUCACCACAAAUGAAGAAGAGAUCAAACGGCUAGGGAGGCGCGAGAUAGUCAUUGUAUGGAGAGGCACGGUCACAUAUCUAGAAUGGAUUUAUGACCUGAAAGAUAUCCUUUGCACUGCCAAUUUCAUAAAUGAUCCAUCAAUCAAGAUUGAGUUGGGUUUUUAUGAUUUGUAUACCAAGAAAGAGAAUUCUUGCAAGUUCUGCACAUUCUCAGCUCGCGAACAAGUUUUGGCUGAGGUUAAGCGGCUUCUUGAUUACUAUAGAGAUGAAGAACUCAGUAUCACAAUCACGGGGCAUAGCCUCGGGGCUGCUUUGGCUACAUUAAGUGCUUAUGAUAUUGCAGAGAUGAGACUUAAUUACAUGGAUGAUGCAGAGUACAGCACUAAAAUUCCUCUCACGGUCUAUUCUUUUUCGGGUCCUCGUGUAGGAAAUCUUAAGUUCAAGGAACGGUGCGAUGAGCUUGGAGUUAAGGUGCUAAGGGUGAUUAACGUGCAUGAUAAGGUGCCAACUGUGCCUGGGAUUAUUGCUAAUGAGAAGUCACAAUUCCAGAAAUACAUAGAAGACGCUAUGUCAUUUCCAUGGAGCUAUGCACACGUUGGGGUGGAACUUGCGUUGGAUCACACCCAUAGCCCAUUUCUAAAGCCUAUUAAAGAUUUUGGUUGUGCACAUAAUCUUGAAACCCUUUUACACUUGGUGGAUGGCUACCAUGGCAAAGGGCAGCGAUUUUGUUUGGCGACAAAGAGGGAUAUCGCCCUUGUUAACAAGAGUUGUGACUUCUUGAAAAGCGAGUAUGGGGUGCCCCCGUAUUGGCGGCAAGAUGAGAACAAAGGGAUGGUGAGAAAUAGUGAUGGCCGGUGGGUUCUGCCAGAGAGACCUAGAGUACUGGACGCUCAUCCAGCAGAUACGGCACACCACCUUGAAAAAGUGCUCAAGAAUAUUGCUAGUUCUUCUCAAAUGGAAGCACUGUAA